AAUACCCGGUGAUGAAUGGCUUCUGGGAAAGGACAGGACUGUAUCUUCUGUAAUAGGGCGAGCUUGUCGCAGUUAUUGAUGUCCUGGCAGAUUAGCACAUUGCUGGGCGGCCUGGCUAUACGUCCCCUCCUGUCUGCUGUACAGCAGCUGUGCAGCCUUCUCCCUGCUGGAACCACUUGUCCAAAUUGCACAUCUGAAAUUAAUUCUGCAUUUGAUAGUUUUUAAAUGUCAGGUGCUGGCUGCAGGCUGUACCACUGGGCCCUGUGCAUUGGACAGCUCUGCAAGUGAUACUGAUAUAUAGAUGGCCCUGUGUGCGGUGACAGCUUUCCCCCAUCUGAUUGGCUGCUCAGUCGCCCCUUUCCGUUGGCAGCCUUCCAAUCUGACUGUAUGGCAAUCUGUAAGGAGAAUGAGCCAGGAGAGAGCGUCCGCCUGUGGCUGUAGGGGAUCUGCGCUGAAACCUAUCGCUCAUGCCGUGCUGUACUAAAACCUCCCCGGCGCACAGAAUGAAGGAGGAGAAUUUAUUCCGGCGCAGGUUCUCCUUGUGUCCUGCCACCGUCACCCCUCAGAAGGCCGACAACAACAAGCUGACGCGGAAUUUGUCAUUUGGGGCUGACAAUGAUAUCAAUACUCUUAGCACAGGGAAAGAUGUGGAACCAAGCAACUUACCUCUUGUGAAGGAUGACGACCCAUUCACCACAAACUCUGCUAACAAGGUGGAUAAUAAGCUCUGCAAUGGAACAGACAAGGAAGGUUUGUCGCCCACAUCUAAAUCUGUCAGAAUGGACACACUGAAGGUGCAGAAGAAGAAUUACAGGCAGGAGAAGAAGAGGGCCACCAAGCAGCUAUUUAGUGCCCUGAAAGACCCCAGUGUGGUUAUCGUGGCAGACUGGCUGAAGAUCCGCGGCACAUUAAAGAGCUGGACGAAACUGUGGUGCGUUCUGAAGCCGGGGCUGCUCCUGAUCUAUAAAACUCCAAAAGUCGGCCAGUGGGUGGGGACGUUACUACUGCACUCCUGCGAGCUGAUUGAGAGACCCACCAAGAAAGACGGCUUCUGUUUUAAACUUUAUCACCCGCUGGAUCAGUCUAUUUGGGCGGUUAAGGGUCCUAAAGGGGAAAACGUCGGCUCCAUCACCCUACCUCUACCCAGCAGCCACUUAAUAUUCCGGGCGGCCUCAGAGUCGGAUGGCCGAUGCUGGAUGGAUGCUCUGGAAUUAGCCCUUCGCUGCUCCAGUCUUUUCAAGAUUAAUUUGCCCAAGCAAGGGAAGGAUGGUGACGUGAUCAUCUCGCCUGACGUCAGCCACACCGGCCUCUACACCUUGCUGCAGGCCUCCACUAUCUCGGAGCAGGAGCUGUUCCAACUCAAUGAAUCUGCCCAGGAAACCGACGGCUUCUCUGACAAGUCAGAAAAAGAUAAUAUAGAGGAGUCGGAAAAUGAGCACAAUCGGAAAACCAGCGAGAGUGACCAGUCCGACUUGCACGGAGAUAUCUCGCUGGACAGGGAGGGCACCACCUACAUGGAAGAGCUGUACGAGGAAUUUGGGGAGAUUGGAGAAGCGUCGCAGACGGAGACGGUCUCUGAUGAAAACAAAAGUCUCAUGUGGACGCUGCUGAAGCAGAUGAGGCCUGGGAUGGACCUGUCCAGGGUCGUCCUGCCGACUUUUAUCCUGGAACCUCGCUCAUUCCUGAAUAAACUGUCAGACUAUUACUAUCACGCGGACAUCCUCUCCCAGGCGGCUGUUGAGGACGACCCUUACUGUCGUAUGAAGCACGUUCUGAAAUGGUAUUUAUCAGGGUUUUAUAAGAAGCCAAAGGGAAUAAAAAAGCCGUAUAACUCCAUAUUGGGGGAGAAAUUCCGUUGCUGCUGGUUUCACCCUCAGACUAAUAGUCACACGUUUUACAUUGCAGAGCAGGUAAGUCAUCACCCUCCGGUGUCGGCGUUCCAUGUCAGCAACAGGAAGGACGGGUUUUGCAUCACUGGGAGCAUUUUGGCCAGAUCCAGGUUUUAUGGGAACUCCCUCUCUGCAAUACUAGAUGGCAAGGCCAGACUGACCUUCCUGAGCCGUGAUGAAGACUACACCAUCACCAUGCCCUAUGCCCACUGCAAAGGACUUCUCUAUGGCACGAUGACAAUGGAGCUUGGAGGAAAAGUUACAAUUGAAUGUGAGAAAACUCAGUACACGACAGAGCUGGAGUUCAAACUAAAGCCGUUCUUUGGUGGCAGCGACACAUUAAACCAGAUCUGCGGGAAGAUUAAAGCCGGAGGAGAAAUCCUGGCAAAUCUGGACGGACACUGGGACCGAGAGGUCUACAUAAACGGCGUACACACUGACAGCAGGGACAUAUUCUGGAAUCCAACUGCGGAGAUCAGAAGACAAAGACUCAAGCGCCAUAUUGUGUUGUUUGAGGAGCAGACAGAGAUGGAGUCAGAGAGACUGUGGCAACACGUGACCAGCGCAAUCAAUGACGGAAACCAGCACCAGGCCACAGAUGAGAAGUACGUUUUGGAGGAGGCUCAGCGGAAGGCAGCACGGGAGAGGAAGGAGGAUGGCACAGAGUGGGCCCCACAGCUCUUUCUCUAUGACGAAUUCCUGAAAGAAUGGCGAUAUAAGUAUGAAGACCUGCAUCCCUGGCACCCCCUGACUGACAUUGCGCAGUAUGAGAAGGACGGGAUUCUGCAAACUGUGAAGAGGAACCUGACGAGCAUGCUGGCCCCGCGGACUGACCCAAAGAACCAGAGAGGCGCACAGGAGGGCAGACAUCGCAAAGCCAGCAAACAGCCUUCUAUCAGCAGCCAGACCACCGACAGCAGCUGCUCCACUCCUGAGCCCGGACGCGAAUCUUCCGAUGAUGACAGUUUUCCAGGUCCGUGCUCGCAGUGUGGAAAAGAGAAACAUGAACUGAAGGAAAUCCAGGCUGCGGUGUUAUCGCUACAGAAGACGCAGCAGGAUAUACAUAGGUAUAUACAUAGAAACCUCAACACAUUAACCAAAUACGGCUCAUUUUCCAAGUGCUCGGCGCCCAACGUCUCGCUGCUGAGCUCCCGGCACUGGCUGCUUCUCUGCCUUUUCCUGGCCUGCCAGCUCUUCAUCAGCUUCGUCUUUAAGUAGCCGGUCCCAGCGAGGAGACUUCAUCUGAACCAAGGGCAGGCAGUACCUCCUCACUCCAUCCGUCGUCAGACUACUGCUCCUCCUGCGGGCCGAGCACGCCGGGAGAUUCAGUGAUUCCUCCGUGGUCUUCCCCGCCAGUCGCUUCCUCCGUGACCAACACCACAAAAGGGUUAAACACAAGGUUAACGAGAAGCACGAUAUAAUAUAUAAUGAUGCAGGGUUCACACUGGUUUUCUAUGCUGCUGACGGGACUCCUUUCCCCAACACAAAUCAUUAUAUUUAGAUACCGGUUGUCGGAAACUGAAUUUACACUGCCCGCGGCGCCCUCUUUAUAUCACUUGGAAUUUUAAUUUCAGAAAGUAGCACAAAGCGACAUCAGCAGGGAAUAAGUUACCCGUAACGCCUCGCAACGGCCUCAUUUGCAAACGUUGAUGUUUGUUACUUUUAUCUGUCUGUUUUGUAUGGACCUCUAAUGUCUAUGCAAGGAGGUUAUACAAUGCAUCUGACUGCCCGCACCUUGCCUGCCAAUCUCUAGACUCAGAGCAUGCCUGUAGCACUUUAUCUGCAUCCGGAAAUUCCGUGUUCCAGUUCUGUCCCCUCCAAGAGGUUCCCCGUCUCUCGCCUUCAUCUGUAAUAAGGUAUUCCCACAAAGGGACUUCUCCGAGUAACGCUGGAUCUCGUAGAGUGAGAAGUCAUCUUUCUGGGAUCCUGGAAGAAGAGGAGGCUCUUUACAACUGCACACAAUUACUGUAUGAACAUUAAGGCAAAUAAUAUGUAUUUAUUCAAGGGGAGGGGGGGUGUCCAUGUAUUUUGUUUUAUCACAAGUCCGGAAAUACAUUUAUUUUCAAAUCGA